AUGUGCAUUGCCAUUUUAAAUGCAAAACAGAAAAGGAAUGCAAGCAUCACAAAUUUUCCCUUAAGUCGUAAAAGAAUCAAAUCAGCAGCGUCAGCAGCAGGUUUCUCAAUAAAAGGUUCAGUGAAAGAAGAUGCUCCGCAUUGUUACAGUCAGCCCUGCGGCAGCAAGAUGAGUUACAGCUGGGAUAUUCUUGAUGCCUUUCCAACAAGAAAGCUGCACUCGGAAUCCUUCAUGGGCUCCCGCAGCCAGAGCUGGACCAGAGGAACUCCUUCAUCCCUCAAGCACAGUAGCCUGUCUGUGAGUCGAGGGUACAGCUCACAAGCUCCCAGAUCAUCAGAAAGCAUGCAGUUCUAUCAGUCCGGUGUCGUCAACGGAGAAUACAAAGUGGUGGGGGUGAACGAGAAAGAGUUGAUGCAGGGUCUCAAUGACCGCUUUGCUGGCUUCAUUGACAAGGUCAGGCAGCUGGAGCAACAGAACAAGGGGCUGGAGGUUGAAAUCACGGACCUGAGGGAAAGGCAAACUGCCCAGUCUGGCCUUGCAAACAUCUAUGAACCAGAAAUGGCAGAGCUACGAAACCUCAUCCAAGAAACUGAAAGGCAGAAGAUGCAAAUUUACUUGGACCGCGAUCACUUGGAGGAAGAUCUCCAACGUUUGAAGAGAAAAUAUGAGGAAGAAAGACAAACUGUACAUGACACUGAAGCAAGUAUCCAGGCCUGUAAGAAAGACAGAGAGAAUACAAAUUUGAUUAAAUUAGACCUAGAAAGGAAAGCACAAUCUCUCAUUGAUGAAAUCAUGUUCCUGAAGAAUAAUCACGAGGAAGAGGUGGCUGAUCUGUUCUCUCAGAUCCAGGCUUCACAGGUUGGCGUCGAAAUGAAAGAUUUCAUGAAGCCUGAUCUGACGGGAGCCCUGAGAGAGAUUCGAGCUCAGAUGGAGGGAUACACCAAUGUUAACAUGCAGCAAGCAGAGGAAUGGUUCACAUCCAGAGUGGCCAAACUCAACAAUGCAGCAGCAACAAACAGAGAAGCUCUACAGAGCACAAGGCAAGAGAUCAGUGAGUACAAUCGACAACUACAGUGCAAGAGUCUCGAGCUGGAGACAGUAAGAGGAAGGAAGGAGUCUUUGGAGAAACAGCUGAAUGAGAUUGAAAACAGAAACCAUUCGGAAUUAAUUCAAUACCAGGAUGCCAUUCAGCAAUUGGAGGCCGAGCUGAAAAGUACGAAACAGGAAAUGACACUUCACCUGCGGGAGUAUCAUGAUCUACUGAAUGUCAAAAUGGCUCUAGAUGUGGAGAUUGCCUCCUACAGGAAACUCCUUGAAGGUGAAGAAACAAGAUUUGGUGGCUUCACUUCACUACCAUAUAUAUACAAACCACAGCCAUUAAUAAGUGCAACUUCGGUGACAACUAAGACAAAAGCUACCCCUACAAAGGUUAUGCCUCAAUAUAGGUUUGUAGAAGAAAUUAUCAGUGCAACAACAAAGGAAGUUGAAAUGGCAGAGCUAGAAGCUGCUGAAAAGGAAGAAGGAGCUGCUGAAGAGGUGAAGGAGGAAGAGGAGGAAGCUGCUGAAUCACAGGAGGUUGAAAAGGAAAAGGAGGAAGAGGAGAAGGCUGAAGAGGAGAAGGAGGAAGAGGAGAAGGCUGAAGAGGAGAAGGAGGAAGAGGAGGAAGCUGCUGAAUCACAGGAGGCCGAAGAGGAGAAGGCUGAAGAGGAGAAGGAUGAAAAGAAGGAAGCUGCUGAGUCACAAGAGAUUGAAGAGGAAAAGGCUGAAGAGGAGAAGGAGGAAGAGGGGAAGACUGAGGAUGAGAAGGCUGAAGAGAAAGAUGAAGUGGAGAUGGAUAAAGAGAAGGAAGCUGCUGAAUCACAAGUGGUUGAAGAGAAAAAGACAGAAGAGGAGAAGGUUGAAGAGAAGGAGGUUCCUAAAUCAGAAGAACCUGAAGAGAAAAAGGAUGAUGAGGAGGUGGAAGAGCAAAAGCCUAAAGAGGAAAAGGCUGGAGAGAAGGAGGCUAUCCAACCAAAAGAGGCUGAAGAGAAAGAGGCUGUACAGAAGAAGGAUGAAGAGGAAAAGGAUGAAGAGAAAGAGGUUCCUAAAUCAGAGGAGGAAAAGGAAGAAGAGAAAGAGGUUCCUAAACCUGAGGAGGAAAAGGAAGAAGAGAAAGAGGUUCCUAAAUCAGAUGAGGAAAAGGAAGAAGAGAAGGAGGUGCCUAAAUCAGAGGAGGAAAAGGAUAAAGAGAAGGAGGUUCCUAAAUCAGAUGAGGAAAAGGAAGAAGAGAAAGAGGUUCCUAAAUCAGAGGAGGAAAAGGAAGAAGAGAAAGCGGUUCCUAAAUCAGAGGAGGAAAAGGAAGAAGAGAAGGAGGUUCCUAAAUCAGAGGAGGAAAAGGAAGAAGAGAAGGAGGUUUCUAAACCAGAGGAAGAAAAGGAAGAAGAGAAGGAGGUUUCUAAACCAGAGGAAGAAAAGGAAGAAGAGAAGGAGGUUUCUAAGUCAGGAGAGGCUGAAGAGAAAGAAGCAGCUAAAUCAAGAGGGACGGUAGAGGAAAAGACUGCUGAUCCAAAAGUAGAGGAUAAGGAACAAGGUGUGGCCAAAUUAAAAGAAAAGGGUGAAGAGCUAACAGUCACUGGAGUAAAAGAAAAGACUGAAAAAGAAACUGCUGCAAAAACAGAAACAUCAACUGUGAGAGAUGGGUCUGACUCGACUGGAACUACAGAAAAGGAACCAAAAUAA